UGAGAAGGAAGAGUAGUCAGUGCGUCCGACUUUACAUCCCCACCAUGGCCGACAAAGCGCAGAUUCAAGAAGCGAUUAAAACACAAGGAGAGGUCGUCCGUAAAUUAAAGACAGAAAAAGCUAGCAAAGAUCAGUGCUAGGGUCGCUCACCAAUUUUCUCCUGUUCUUCCUGCCCGACGACAACAACAUUGGCCUGGCUCUACCUCCAUCAUCAUCUACCUCAACACCCUCUACCUCUCUAUGGAUAUAUCUGGACAAUCUCUGCUUGGGGGGACGAAACGUCUUCCUGUUUGGCACUCAUAAACUGUUGUGAUUGGACGUCUUGGCGGGGUGAAACAAUGCUAUUGGAAUAUGCCUCUGCUAUGAUGCUGCACUGCUGAACAAACCCUUUUUUUGUCGAACACUGUUUCUGGGAUGAACAUUUGGGGUAUGUUCUCCCUGCGUGUGUGUAUGGGACUGGCGCGCCACCGGACUUCACUAUGUACCCGCUCUCUGUGCACCGUGUCUGGGAUGACUGUGUCUCAGAUUGAUGAGGAAGUAGCCAAAUUGUUGCAGCUGAAGGCUCAGCUUGGAGGAGAUGAUGGCAAACACCAAUUUGUGCUCAAGACUGCCAAGGGCACGAGGGACUACAAUCCCAAACAGAUGGCCAUCAGAGAGAAGGUUUUCAGCACCAUCGUUAACUGCUUCAAACGCCACGGAGCAGAAACCAUUGACACACCUGUGUUUGAACUGAAGGAAACACUGACCGGGAAGUAUGGGGAGGACUCUAAGCUCAUCUACGACCUCAAGGACCAAGGUGGCGAGCUGCUGUCCCUCCGAUAUGACCUCACUGUUCCCUUUGCACGUUACCUGGCAAUGAACAAGAUCACCAACAUCAAGCGCUACCACAUCGCCAAGGUCUAUCGUCGUGACAACCCCGCAAUGACCCGCGGCCGCUACAGAGAGUUCUACCAGUGUGAUUUCGAUAUUGCAGGGCAAUACGAUCCCAUGAUCCCUGAUGCUGAGUGUCUGAAGAUUGUCCACGAGAUUCUGAGUGAGUUGGACCUAGGAGACUUCCGCAUCAAGGUCAACGACAGACGGAUCCUUGAUGGAAUGUUUGCCGUGUGCGGCGUCCCCGACGACAAGUUCCGCACCAUCUGCUCCACGGUGGAUAAACUGGACAAGAUGUCAUGGGAGGAUGUGCGCUGUGAGAUGGUGAAGGAGAAAGGCCUGUCUGAGGAGGCCGCAGACCAGAUCGGGGAGUAUGUCAGCAUGCAUGGGGGGCAGGACCUGGCAGAGCGUCUGCUGCAGGACCCCAAGAUGUCUCAGAGCAAGCAGGCAGUCGCCGGCCUGACAGACAUGAAGCAGCUCUUCAGCUUCUUGCAGCUCUUCCAGGUCACAGACAAGGUGGUGUUUGACCUCAGCCUGGCGCGGGGGCUGGACUACUACACAGGCGUCAUCUACGAGGCCCUCCUGACCCAGACAGGACCCAUACCGGCGCCCGCUUCCGCGGCCACAGAGCAGAACGGUGCCGGCGGUGACGAGGGGUCUGUGAGCGUGGGCAGCGUAGCGGGCGGCGGGCGCUACGACGGCCUGGUGGGCAUGUUCGACCCCAAGGGCAGGAAGGUGCCAUGCGUGGGUGUGAGCAUUGGCAUCGAGAGGGUCUUUUCCAUCUUGGAGCAGAAGGCAGAGGCAUCAGCUGAGAAGGUGAGGACCACCGAGUCCCAGGUCAUGGUGGUUUCUGCACAGAAGAACCUUCUGGAGGAGAGGCUCAAACUCACCGCCGAGCUCUGGAACGCUGGCAUCAAGGCAGAGGUGAUGUACAAGAAGAAUCCCAAGCUGCUGAGCCAGCUGCAGCACUGCGAGGACUCGGGGAUCCCCCUAGUGGCCAUCCUGGGAGAGCAGGAGCUCAAGGACGGGGUGGUGAAGCUCCGCAAUGUCGCCAGCCGAGAUGAGGUUGACGUGCCAAGAGCAGAACUAGUGGAGGAGAUCAAGAAGAGGACCUCUAGUUUAGCCUGACAUUUCCCCAACAACUCGACUCUGCCUCACCAGAUGGAUCCAAAAACACAGAGCUACUUAAUCAGAAUGAAGGCUUUGUUUUCUGCACUUGAGUUCCCUCAACCACGGUCCUAGUACAAUGACUGGCCUGCGUUCAAAUGAAUAUUUAGUACAAAGAGGAGAAAAUAACUAUAAUCCUGUUGGACCUGGUUUGAGGGACUAACUAUAUACUAGAUAUAUAUCUAGCUAUUGCCCAUUAAUGUUUAUCAGAAUACCUUGAGAUUUACUUCAACUCUAGGUCUGAUCUCUUCACUUUAAGACUCAUGUGUCUGUAAUAAACAU